AUGGCGGAUGUGGUGGACCUGAUCGGCAACUUUGGCCGAUGGCAAGGCUUCUUCGUGGCCUUCGUCACGUACCGUGGAAUACUGACAGGCCUCAACAACAUGGCCUACGUGUUCCUGGUUACAAACAACGACCACUGGUGCUCCUACCCGGACACGGACGGAAACAGGACGGGCGAGCAGUUGAAGAAGAUGUUCAUCCCGUAUGACAACGUGUCGGAAUCUUACAGUCAGUGUCUUAUGUACGACGUGCCACUGAACGGUACUACUGGGGUCAACAAUGCCACGACGAUUCCCUGCGAUUCCUGGAUCUAUGAUGAACAUGUCUUUGGACAUUCCGUCUCGAAUGAGUGGGAUCUGGUUUGCGAACGCAAAUGGCAGAAGUCGCUAGUACAAAGUUCCUACAUGGGAUGCCUCAUGCUGGGCGUUAUUAUCAUCGGAAACUUGUCCGACAGAUACGGCCGAAGGAUAGUUGCCUUAUGGUCAAGCAUCUUACUGGCAUUGUCCUCUGUAGCCUGCGUCUUCAGCAACAGCUUCUAUUUCUUCCUAGCCGCACGUGUUGGAAUUGCAUUCGGAAUUUCGGGACUUCAAGUUGCCAGCUUCAGCCUGCUUGCUGAAACGAUUGGUCCAAAGUCUAGGAUAGCCUUGAAUAUUUGCUAUGGCUACGGCUGGAUCGCGGGUAUCCUUUUCCUACCGGGGAUCGUGUGGCUUGUCGAGGACUGGAGGAAACUGUAUAUUGUCAACUCCGUCCUCGGAGUGUCGAUUCUCGUCAUGCUCCCAUGGUUGUAUGAAUCUCCAAGAUGGCUUCUGAGUACGGGCCAAAAGACAAAGGCGUGCGCGUCCAUAAAGAAAAUUGCGAAGUUCAACCGACGCGGCCCGCAAGACAUCGAAAAAGAAGUGGAGCGGUUAAUGGAGACCAAAGUUGGCGUUGACAAGUCAGUCCGCGGAAAGGUGUCUACCGCUGAGCUCUUCAAGACCAAGUAUCUCCGAAGAAACACAAUCCUUCUUACUAGCUGCUCCUUCUUUUCGUAUAUAGUGUAUUACGGCUUUGCGAGGUCUUCGACAACCCUCGGUGGAAACCCAUUCAUCACCUUCGCCAUCACCGCCGCCAUCGAAACCGUCGGGUACACGAUGUCGCUCGGCUCCACAAAGUACCUCAAAAGGAUACCUAUCAUGGCGGGGAGCUACGGUUUUUUUGGUGUCACCCUGGUUGCCACUGCCCUCACGCCAAAAGUUCUUUCGACAUUACGUAUCACGAUCAGGAUGGUGGGCUGGCUGGUGUACACCUUGGGUUACACGACACAAUUCAUCUACAUUAACGAGGUAUUUCCAACCGUAGCCAGGAGCGGAGCCUUUGGACUCUGCACUACAUUCGGAAGACUCGGCGCCACGUUGGAACCCUGGAUAUACACAGCUACGCAGUCAUGGGGAGACACGCUUGUCUUGAUAAUCUACAGCGUCAUGAUCUUGGCGAUUGCCGCACUUGUCACUCUUCUCCCAGAAACUUUCGGAAGCGUUCUUACUGAUACUUUGGAAGAAGGGGAACGAUUCUCCGAGACCAAGCUCUCCAAGAAAAAAAGUGUUCAAGACCACGUGGAGCACUUGGAAGCUUACAAGAAAGUUGCCACCGAAGACGGCGAAGCGGAAAUAAGGUUGUGAACUCAAGAACGUGACAGAAAGUUGGACAAGAGUCUCAGGGUUAAAUGAACAACCACCACAGUAAUACAGUUAAACUCGCGAUGUUUAGAAUCGCCCUUGUUUUGAACGAGCAAGUAGCAACCCAUUAUAGAUAUAUUUGACAAAAUAAAAAAAAAUGUAUGGGCUCACAAA